CGCGUGAGGGUGCUUCUUGGAAGGUGAAAAUCAAAUAAAAACUUAUUGAAUUGCGUGGUUUGAAAGAAGAAUGAAUUCCUUCUUCUUCAAUUCACCCUUUCCCUUUCUUUCCAUCAGAGUUAAAUAAGAUAUUCAUUUUGGAGAACAUCUUCAUCAGGCAGAGACACUGAAGGAUAAAGGAGAAAAAUGGUUGUUUCAGAUGAUGAAUUCUGGGCUCAUGUUGAGGACAUGAAUGAUUGCAGGAAGAAGUGUGAGUUCUGUGGGCAUCUUUUUGCUAUUCGUACUUCCAUUUCGAGGAUCAAAUGGCACUGGUCAGGUAUUAAAGGCCAUGGUGUUGCCAUUUGUCGACAGGUGCCUAAACAUGUUCAAGAAGCAGCCUUUCUAGCUACGGAGGGUGCCAACAAAAAACUUAAAAUCAGAGGUAAUUGGUCAACGGAGGAUGAUGAUGAUGUAGAUAACAAGACAGAAGAAGCAUUAGUGGAGAUUGUUGCAGAAGCUAGCUCUUUUGGGGGCCUUACUCUCAACAAAAGGGUUGCUAGAGAAGAUGCAUUACCCAUUAGAGAGCUAGUUGGUGAAGCAUUUGAAGAGAAUAAGAAAGCCAUCUGGUCUUGGUUAAGGAAUGAUGAAGUCUUUUGUAUUGGCAUUUAUGGGAUGGGAGGUGUGGGUAAAACAUCACUGGUGAAACAUAUCUAUUAUCAGCUUCGAAGAAAAUCUGGGACACUUUCCAUCGUGUUCACUGGAUCACCGUGUCACAAGAUUUUAGCAUUUAUAAAUUGCAGAAUCGUAUUGCAAAAUGCCUUGGUUUACAUCUUUCAAAUGAAGACAGCGAGAUGCAAAGAGCUCAGGAACUCUCAGAAUUAUUAGGGACGAAACGACCGCAUUUCCUCAUUUUGGAUGAUCUGUGGGACACUUUUGAUCCGGAAAAGGUGGGCAUUCCCAUUCAAGAGGAUGGAUGCAAGUUGAUUAUUACAACUCGAUCAUUAAAAGUUUGUCGAGGGAUGGGCUGCAUACACAAAAUCAAAGUGGAGCCUCUCACUUGUGAUGAAGCUUGGACUUUGUUUAUGGAGAAACUCAAGCAUGAUGUAGAACUUUCUCCAGAAGUUGAGCAAAUAGCAAAAUCGGUUACCACGGAGUGUGCUGGUUUGCCACUGGGAAUUAUUACAAUGGCAGGAAGCAUGAGGGGAGUGGAUGACCUACAUGAGUGGAGGAAUACGUUGGAGAAACUGAAAGAAUCAAAAGUUAGGGACAUGGAAGAUGAAGGAUUCCGGUUAUUGAGGUUCAGUUAUGAUCGCUUAGAUGAUUUAGCACUACAACAAUGUUUCUUAUACUGUGCAUUAUUUCCUGAAGGGAUCAGUAGGGAUGACUUGAUAGGUUAUUUGAUUGAUGAGGGAAUAAUCGAUGGGAUUAAGAGCAGGCAAGCAGAAUUUGAUGAGGGCCAUACGAUGCUCAAUGAACUUGAAAAUGUCUGUUUACUGGAAAGUUGUGAUGAUUAUAAUGGUUGUAGAGGUGUCAGGAUGCAUGACUUGAUUAGGGACAUGACCCACCAAAUACAGCUAAUGAAUUGUCCAAUCAUGGUUGGCGAAGAAUUACGAGAUGCGGACAAGUGGAAAGAGGAUCUUGUAAGAGUGUCCUGGACAAGUGGUAAAUUCAAGGAAAUUUCUCCUAGCCAUUCACCAAGGUGUCCCAAUCUUUCAACCUUAUUGUUACCCUGUAAUGACGCUUUGAAAUUUAUUGCAGAUUCUUUUUUUAAGCAAUUGAACAGGCUCAAGAUUCUUGAUCUGUCCAGGACAAACAUUGAACUGUUACCAGAUUCCGUCUCUGAUUUGGUGAGUCUUCGUGCAUUAUUGCUCAAAGGAUGCAAGCAGUUGAGGCACGUUCCAUCAUUAAAAAAGCUCAGGCUACUGAAGAGGUUGGAUCUCAGUGAUACUGUACUUGAAAACGUGCCUCAAGACAUGGAAUACCUAUCCAACCUUAGGUAUCUUAAACUCAAUGGAUGUAGACAAAAAGAGUUUCCUACUGGAAUAUUACCUAAACUUUCUAGCCUGCAAGUCUUUGUACUAGAUGAUGAUUGGGUGAAUGGACAAUACGCUCCAGUAACAGUUGAGGGAAAGGAAGUAACAUGCUUGAGGAAGUUGGAAACUUUGAAAUGUCAUUUUGAACUUUUUUCCGACUUCGUGGGGUAUCUCAAAUCUUGGGAUGAGACCCUAUCACUAAGCACAUACAAUUUUUUAGUAGGACAAUGUAACAAUGACGAUGUAGCUUUUUUGGAAUUUUCUGGCAGAAGUAAAAUAGUAUGGUUGUGUAACUUCAAUAAUCGAACUUGCCUAGAGUUCCCAACUGACAUUCAAGAACUGGUGAUUUUGAAAAGUACAUUGAAAUUGUGUUGUGUGAUAGAAUGGAGAGUUUGCUUUCAUCUUCUUGGUUCUGCUCUACUCCAUUACCAUUUCCAUCUAAUGACAUAUUUUCUCAUCUCAAAGACUUUUAUUGUUAUGGGUGUACAAGUAUGAAGAAGCUGUUCCCUCUUGUCUUGCUGCCGAACCUCCUAAACCUGGAAAUGAUUUCAGUCGAGAGGUGUGACAAAAUGGAGGAGAUAAUAGAAACAAGAGUAGACUGGGUUAUGGGUGAAGAAAGCAGCAGUAGCUGCCGUUCCAUUGAAUUCAAUCUCCCAAAGUUAAGACAUUUGAGCUUCAUAUUGUUACCAGAACUGAAAAGCAUAUGUAGGGAAAAUCUGAUUUGCAGCUCUCUCCAAACUAUUAUAGUAAGAGAUUGUCCGAAGCUAAAGAGGAUGCCACUCUGCCUUCCCGUGCUUGACAAUGGCCGGCCAUCUCCUCCCCCUUCUCUUGAAGAAAUCUAUGUAGAUCCAAAAGAAUGGUGGGAAUCAGUGGAGUGGGACCAUCCUAACAGUAAGGAUGCGCUUCUACCCUUCCUAGUUUUAGGUGGUGGUGCCAGACUGCUUGAAGAAGAAGGAGACGAGGAAGACGUUGAAGACAAUGAUGAAAAACGUUUUUGAAGUGGAAUUUUACUGGAUACAAUACCGUGUGAAUGCUGACGCAGAACCAAUUUUCACGGGAAUGCAAGGGCACUUACUGUUCUGAAAUCAAUACAUUUUAGCGUGCACUUUCCCGUAUUCCGUGCCCUUUCCACUCUACUGGUUUGUUUUUUCAUGAAAUUCUGAAACAAACCUUCAGCACAAGUGGUGUAACUAUGAAUUUGACCUCUGAAGUUGUGAUUUCUGUUGCUGCACUCAUAAAUGCUAUUGGAUACUUGGAGUAAUGCAUCAUCUGUUGUCCGAGUUUCCACGAUUUGAACUUCAUUGUUCAACCGAACUAAGCUAUGCAUGUUUCUAAUGACAAAGAAGACCUAUAAAAUACUGGAACCAUACA